AUGUUUUUGAUUGGAUUAGUUUUUAUUUUUCUGAUCGACCUGACCUCGUGUAAUAUGGUCUGAAAAUUAUUGAUCUCGGAAAUUUCUUUAAAAGUAUCUUCUUUACUCUUUACACUCUCUAAAUUUGAUCUUGUAAAUUUCUUAUCGUCCGAUCUGUUUAGGUCUCCUUCCACUCCCCAUUGAAAGGGGUACAACUAAAAGUAUCUCGAAUAAUCGAAUAAGCGUUCUCCUUUAGGCCAUUAGCCCUCUCUUCAGGUCCGGCAAUCCUAUUACAGCUAUUUGCCGCCCUUCUUUCUUCCAUGAUAAAUUGACACAGACAUCCAGUGGUCAAGGGUAUGGAUGUGGAUGAACAUAAUUCUUUGUCAACUAUGGAUCCUUCUUCUACACUCACUGAUAAUCAAAGCACGGUUUCAUCUAAUGAUGCAAUUUCACAUCAACCAAUUCAACCACUUGUAGCACCCGGGGUUUUGCCUCCUCCAGUUGCUCCACCUCUGGCACCUCUCCCUAUGCGACCGCCGGCACUUAAGCCUCCUUCAACGGUGCAAAACGGAGAUGCACACACUAGCGAUUCAGAUUCUGACCAUGAUGAAUCAGGUGCUGGAAUGGUUGAACCUGCUCAAGAGUACGAGAUAUCUGAAGAAAGCAGACUGGUGAGAGAGAGACAAGAAAAAGCGAUGCAAGAGCUUCUGCUGAAGCGAAGAGCUGCUGCUCUAGCGGUCCCCACAAAUGACAUGGCUGUUCGAGCUCGUCUUCGCCGGCUCGGUGAGCCCAUAACCUUUUUUGGGGAAAGGGAGAUGGAGAGACGGGACCGACUGAGGGCACUUAUGGCGAGACUUGAUUCAGAAGGGCAUCUGGAAAGGCUGAUGAAAGCUCACGAGGAUGAAGAAGCUUUUUCGGCUUCUGCUGGACCCACUGAAGAUGAUGAUGAGAUUCAAUACCCGUUUUAUACUGAAGGAUCAAAAGCGCUUUUAGAUGCUCGCCUGGAGAUCGCAAAGUAUUCUAUUGUGAAGUCAGCUUCACGUCUUGAUCGUGCUAGGAGAAAAAGGGAUGAUCCUGAUGAAGAUUUGGAUGCUGAAGUGGAUUCGGCUUUAAACCAAGCAGGAACUCUAGUUCUUGAUUGCAGUGAGAUUGGAGAUGAUCGUCCGCUUUCUGGUUGCUCACUGUCACAUGAUGGUGAGAUGCUUGCCACCUGUUCUCUGAGUGGAGUAGCAAAGCUAUGGAGCAUGCCUCAUGUAAAGAAGGUUUCUACCCUUAAGGGACAUCACGAGCGAGCUACUGAUGUUGCAUUCUCUCCAACAUGCAAUCAUCUAGCAACUGCCUCUGCUGACCGAACAGCAAGAUUGUGGAACGCAGAAGGGUCUCUUUUGAGGACUUUUGAGGGCCAUUUGGAUCGUCUGGCACGGAUUGCCUUCCAUCCAACUGGAAAAUACUUGGGCACAACUAGCUUUGAUAAGACAUGGCGUUUGUGGGAUGUGGAAACCGGUGAAGAGUUGCUUCUUCAGGAAGGACACAGUAGGAGUGUGUAUGGACUAUCUUUUCACCAUGAUGGCUCCUUGGCUGCAUCUUGUGGACUAGACUCACUUGCCCGUGUUUGGGAUCUUAGGACAGGAAGAAGUGUUCUUGCUUUUGAAGGUCAUGUUAAACCUGUUCUUGGUAUCAGUUUUUCUCCAAAUGGGUACCAUUUAGCUACUGGCGGUGAAGACAAUACUUGCCGAAUUUGGGAUCUGAGGAAGAGAAAAUCUCUCUACACUAUACCUGCCCACUCAAAUCUCAUAUCCCAAGUUAAAUUUGAACCUCAAGAAGGAUACUUUUUGGUGACGGCUUCAUAUGAUAUGACUGCGAAGGUGUGGUCAUCAAGAGACUUUAAGCCUGUUAAGACGCUAACUGGACACGAAGCCAAAGUUACUUCAUUGGAUGUUAUGGCAGAUGGACAGUUCAUUGCUACAGUUUCACACGACAGGACAAUCAAGCUAUGGUCUAGCAAAAGCAAUGAAAAAGAGAAGGCAAUGGAUAUUGAUUAUUGACUACUAAUUUAGUAAAUUUUGCAGUGAUAUAUUGGAAGUGAUUGAAUUUCUCAAUCACCAAUCAGAAAACUAGAAUUUUUAAAUGUAUCGCACCCACUUGAGCCCUUCAUGAGCUAUAACGCCUUGAUUUGCGUCUUGCUCGGUGGUCACCCUAAGAUAAGGACGGGGAGGAAAGUGGUGGUGGUGGUGGUGGCUGGUAGGUAGCCGGAUGCUGGGUUCAAAUUCAAUAAUUAGCAUUUGUUGUACAACUGAUCUUCUUGUGGAUUAUGACUUUGUAAUUGAAGAAUGCCGAUAUUCAAAGGCUUGAAAGAAUGUGCAGAUAUUGGAAAUGCUUGUAUUUGAUUAAUUAGGAGUUUAACUUCUGCUCCG